GGCGCUCAUCACCAUCCCAGGUUACCCCUCACUCUGGAAAUUCAACCCGUGCAGCCCAAAUCUAGGACUUUCUCUCAUCGGCUUCAAGCCCUCAGCUCAAAGUAAAAGUCAUCUUAGACAAUGAUUUGGCCGUUGACCGCGCGUGAUAUGAUGAUAUUGUCCCUAUCUUCUUCUGCCCUGUAGGCUGACACCCCGACCGUCAAUCACCUUCAAGAAAAGACCGCCCGCGCUACUAUCUUCACCGCUAUUGCAAAGUCCGAGAGGCUGGCGUAAGGGUUCCUCGGUGUGUAAUAGAUCAUGAUAUUCUCGCACACGAUAGAGAAAAGUAGGUCUGCAUCCUCGCCACACCUGAUUGAUGUCGGAAUGGAACGAUGAAUGAGGAAUUAUAAACCUCAAAGGCCCGACGAUCCAACACCCCCUCUCGAACGCAUAUCAGACGCAGUCACGACGGGCAUCGUCAAACCUCCAAAUGUCGGUACUCAAAUGACACGCAAAGCACCCACAGACGCCCUCUGCACUCUGGAGCAUACAACAAACGCAAUUGUUUUUGCGCUCGUGGCUGCUCAGGCUGCUACCUCGCUUGGGGGACUUAUUGUCCUCACCGCCGAUGUGCUCGAGCCUAGCUCAAAUACCAGCACAAAUGAGAGCUCUGUGCUCCGU